GGAUUAUUAAUUUUCAUUUUCCCUGAAAAGAAAACAUAUGUCCACCGAUAAAUCCCACCGCACCGCUCGAAUUUAUCGAUAGAAAGACAAAAGAAAGCUGCAGAGUUUCUGAAGGAAGUCAAGAAGAUGAUCGGAUUCGAGAGACUGAGCCGCGGCAGCCACGAUGAUGAAGUGAAAGGUGAUAUAGAGGAAGGGACUUUGUACCCAGGGCUCGGCUACGGAGAGAAUCUUCUGCGAUGGGCCUUCAUCCGAAAAGUCUAUGGCAUUCUCGCCGCUCAGAUCCUUCUGACCACCCUCGUCUCCGCCGCAACUGUCUUAUACGCCCCUGUCAACGAGAUUCUGAGGACUAAUUCCGGCCUUCUCCUCUUCCUCGUUUUCCUCCCUUUCAUCUUCUUGUGGCCUCUCCAUGUCUAUCAGCAGAAGCAUCCGCUGAAUUUUGUGUUCCUUGGACUUUUCACCACAUCUCUGAGUCUCACUGUUGGCAUGAGCUGUGCCAAUACAGAUGGUAGGAUUGUACUUGAGGCUUUGAUCUUGACAUCAGCUGUAGUUUCAGCUUUGACUGGGUACACUUUCUGGGCUGCUAAAAAGGGCAAGGACUUCAGCUUCAUUGGGCCAAUCUUGUUUACCAGCCUAUUUGUACUUGUUUUGACUGGCUUCAUCCAGAUGUUCUUCCCUCUUGGAUCUACAUCCAUGGCUGUCUACAGUGCCAUCAGUGCUAUUAUUUUCUGUGGGUACAUCGUGUAUGAUACAGACAACUUGAUCAAACGGUUCACAUAUGAUGAGUACAUAUGGGCAUCUGUCACUUUGUAUCUAGAUGUUCUUAACCUCUUCCUCACCAUUCUGCGGAUGCUUAAGCAAGGGGAGAACUAGAUAUGCUGAUGUUGCUGUUGCUGCUAAUUAUUCACAUUUUGAUGUCUGGUUUCCCUUUGGUGUAAUAAUAACGUGGUGUGUAUACGUAUAUGUUGCUCUCAUUCCUUGACUUGGUUAAUAGGAUGUUGGCGUAUUGGUUUGGUGGAGUAUUUGAAAUUGUAAACCCUCCAAUGUCAUUGUUUAAUUGUUCAUCCACACAUGUCUAAAGUGCUUUGAACUUUAUGACCAUUUAUAAAUUUUACACAUCUUUAUUUGAAUGGUUUUUGAAAUAAAACUGCUAAAAGGUGUAAAUUAGUCUAUAACGUUUGUCUC